CCCAUGUGCCACCUGCUCAGCCCACUCUCCCUGUUGGACAUUGUGCUCUGCCUGCCUGUCAUCCUCAAGGUCCUGGCCAUCUUCUGGUUUGAUCUCAGGUCCAUCAGCUUCUCAGCCUGCUUCCUCCAGAUGUUCGUCAUGAAUUGCUUCCUCGCCAUGGAGUCCUGCACAUUCGUGGUCAUGGCCUGUGACCGCUAUGUGGCCAUCUGCCACCCACUGCGAUACCCAUCCAUCAUCACUGACCAAUUUGUGGCCAAGGCUAGCGUCUUCAUUGUCACCCAAAAUGCCAUUCUCACUGCACCUAUUCCUAUUCUCACUGCUCGACUCCAUUAUUGUGGGAAAAAUGUCAUUGAGAACUGCAUCUGUGCCAACUUGUCUGUGUCCAGGCUCUCCUAUGACAAUUUCACCCUUAACAGAAUCUACCAAUUUGUGGCUGGUUGGACUUUACUGGGGUCAGAUUUCAUCCUCAUCUUCCUCUCUUACACCUUCAUCCUAAGAGCUGUGCUUCGGUUCAAGGCUGAGGGGGCUGCCGUCAAAGCCCUGAGCACGUGCGGCUCCCACUGUAUCCUGUUCUUCAGCACCAUCCUCACCAUCCUGCUGGUUGUUGUGUUGACAAAUGUGGCCGGAAACAGGAUCCCCAUGGACAUCCUCAUCUUGCUCAAUGUCCUUCAUCACCUCAUACCUCCUGCUUUGAAACCUAUUGUAUAUGGAUUUCGAACCAAAGAGUUAAAGCAGGGGUGUCAGAAGUUAUUGUGGAAGGGGCUUUGA